UGCCGGCGCUGGUCCACACUCCGCCAUACGCUCUGCUCAGCGCGCCAUGUGUCACUCUCGCAGCUCCCUGCCCACCAUGACUGUCCUGCGGGCCCCGACCCCGGUCCCCUCCACCAGCCCGGGACCCCGGCGGGGCUCCGGUCCUGAGAUCUUCACCUUCGACCCUCUCCCGGAACCCGCAGCGGCCCCCGCCGCGCGCCCCAGCGCCUCUCGCGGGCACCGAAGACGCAGCCGUAGGGUCCUCUACCCUCGAGUGGUCCGGCGACAGGUGCCAGUCGAGGAAGGGAACCCUGCCAAAAGGCUCCUCUUUCUGCUCCUCACCAUCAUCUUCUGCCAGAUCCUGAUGGCUGAAGAAGGUGUGCCGGCGCCCCUGGCCCCGGAGGACGCCCCCAGCGCCGCGUCCCCGGCGCCCACCUCUGCGCCCCCGGUCCUUGAGCCCCUUAAUCUGACCUCAGAGCCUUCGGACUACGCCCUGGACCUCAGCACUUUUCUCCAACAACAUCCGGCCGCCUUCUAACCUUGACUCCGCACACCCCCCAGAAGAACCCGAAAAACCGAAGAAACACCAGGCGUACCUGGUGCGCGAGAGCGUAUCCCAAACUGGGACUUAAGAGGCAACUCAAACUCAGAACACUACAGUGGAGACGCCAGCCGGUGCCUGGAGCGAGACCGCGGCUCACCGGGCACAGACUCGCCGUGGCGAAGGCCCGGUGGGAAGGAGGGCGUCGUUAAUUUAUUUCUCAUUGCUCCUAAUUAAUAUUUAUAUGUAUUUAUGUAUGUCCUCCUAGGUGAUGGAGGGUAGUACGUAAUAUUUAUUUUAACUUAUGCAAGGGUGCGAGAUGUUCCCCCCUGCUGUAACUGCAAAUCUCUUGGUAUUUAUUGAGCUUUAAGGGAUUGGUGGAGGCGGAGCGCCUGCAAUUGAGGCUGAGUGGGAGGAGAAAUGGGGAGCACCCGGGUAGGGGAGGACGCCUGGGCUGGGAGUCAAGUCUGGUGGUGGGUCUUAGGUUUAGGGGGUGACACUCUCCGUCCUCCGGCAUCUCAACUCCGUGGGUCUACUGUGUGAGGCUUCUGCGGAACGUUGGGAGUAAGACCCUGGCCUUCGACCUCCUCAGAGUUGCCCCUGAGGGGCGGCUUCGGGGUUGGGGGUUGGCGGGUUGUCACGGGGCGGCUGUAUGGGUCCCCCAGUAUGUUCUGUGAACACAAAUAAACUCGAUUUACUGUCA